GAAAAUUAUUGCUGCGAUACUUACGUGAGGCCAACACUUUUCGUCUUAUCAGCAUGUGCUGUUGUACUUGUUGCAUGUCCACUGGUUGAACAUUAUUAUUUGAGAGUGUUACGUAAAAUAGAGAGUGAGAUAGGUGGAGUUUCAAGUAGCCUGAACCAACUUUCGAAGGUGACAGAAGAAUUGUCAGCCUCACAAAAAAACAUUGAAAAGCAAUUUGAGGAAACGCUGUCCAAAGGUCUUGAAGAAAAUAGGAAACAAAUUUGUAACAUGAAAAAAGAGUUGGAGGAAAUCAUCAAGAGAGUAGAGAGGAUGAUAUUCAAUGAAUUACAGAAAUAUGAUGCAGACAAAGUUGCAAUGCCAGAUUUUGCACUGGAAAACACAGGAGGAAGUGUCAUCACCACUCGCGGUACACAGACAAAACAGAUCAGUGUAUCAUUGAUGGGUACAUCACUCUGUACCCAGAAGAAUUUGCCCAAUCGUAUAAUACAGGCAAAUGUUUUGCCCGGCGAAUGCUGGGCUUUCCAUGGCAGUUCAGGCUCAGCAGCAAUUAAACUGAUUACGGAAAUUUAUGUGACAGCAGUGACCCUGGAGCACAUUCCUCAGGCCCUGUCACCAACAGGAGAAAGGACUAGUGCACCAAAAGAGUUUUCAAUAUGGGGUAUUACUUCAGUAGACAGUGAUGAAGAUGCUUUUUGUUUUGGUCAAUUUUUGUAUGAUCUGAAAGGACCACCAGUACAGACUUUUAAGGUCAAGUAUUAUAUGUACAGUCUUGUUCUGCAUCCAGAUGGCUUACUUCCACAUAUGAAUCUGUGGAUAUCAUGUACAAUAAGUAAUAAAUAAGCUUGUGAC